GCGAUUCGCUUCCGCUCCCCUCACGCCAAACCCCUCUUACCCUCAUCUUCUCUUCCACACAAAACUUGUCACCCAGAAUCAGAUUUCUUUUCUUUCUCGAUUUAAUUUUAAUCUGUCAAAAGAACUCACACCUUAUCAAAAACGGAGAAAGAAAACAAAAGAAAAACGAGGCAAUGAAAGAAAUGGGAGAAAUCAGAGGAGAGACAAUGGAAGGAGGAGAUAAGAAGGCAGAGGUGAUUCUGGUGCGCACAUUGGCUGCAGAUGUGCCGGAACUGUAUAAUAAAGAUGGCAUACGCUGUCGGCGUGUACGAUUUAACCAGGUGGAUCUGAGUGAAGGUAAAAUAAAGAGCAAUUGCUUUCCUCCAAUGUUGAAUUGGUUUUGCGAUGGUGCUAUGGUGCGUUCGGACAGUGGUCCAGUGGUUUACCUUAUAGGCGGUCUGUCCAGCAGAGAUGAGCUAACAUGUGAACCAAUAGAUGGAGCCAGUUCUGAUGAUGUGUACUACAAAUGCGGCUGUCGGAUGGACUUGCAGAAAGAAGAGGAAGGUAGGGUGUGGGAGCAGAUUGAUCUUCCUAUCAAAAAUUGCUAUAUUCCCUUUUGCGCAUCGCUGUUUGGAAAGCUUUAUGAGUUUGGAUUUCGCUGCCUCCACACUCCCGAGGUUUUUGAUCCGAAUGGAGGAGUUAUCUCCGACCCUCAGAAUUCCCGUUUUCUUGUGCACCUCUAUGAUGGAACCCUGUAUGCUUUCUACCCCGGUUCUGGUGAGUGGGAGCGUAAUGGGAGUCUGUUUCACUGGAGGUAUCGUAAUGUGGUUCUUGUGGACAAUGUCUUGUACAUUCAUGACUUCAAGUCCCGGGGUUUCCUCUAUGCCUAUGAUGUUGCGAGGCGCCAAGAGCUCAAGGUUACUUGGUCCUCAAAGAAGUAUGAAUACAGCAAUGGUUAUCGUGUUAAAGUGACCAAGUAUGAGUUUGAUGCUAUGUUUUAUGUUGGCGGUGGCCAUUUCCGGAUGGCUACUUGGUCUCCUUGUGAUGGAGAUGAAGGAACCACCAGUAGUGCUUCUACUAUGUUCUUCAAGUUCAAAGUUGAUCGCCCCAACAAUGGUCUCAACGUCGUUUGCACUCCCGUUGAUGUCCAAUGCCAUGAUAUCCCAAACACCAUCGAAGUUACAGGGUUCCUACUGCUCUAGGAGGCAAGCAAUUGAUUGUGGGGUGCUUCCCAUUAAGGUUAUUGAAUGGUUGCCAUGUCAUCUUUGGUUGACAAAUAAAAUAUGCUUUACUUGGUGGUGUAUUCCAUUUAGUGUUUGCCUAUUUAUAGGUUGUUGUACCUUUCAAGUUACUCAAGUCUUCUUUGUCAUUUCUUUCGGACAGUCGUUAAUACGUUGUUCUUUGUAAAAUUCAUUGGUCCUUGAUAUUGAUUAUUUUCUUAGUCAUCAUAUGAAUGUAUGCGUACUCGAGCAAAUUUUAGCCGGCUGUUUUUCUGUACUCAUACACUAAUAACAGACUUAGAGACUU